UCAAGCCCAAUGGAUCAGAUGGGGAAGAUGAGGCCUCAGCCCUAUGGAGGGAACAACCCGUACACACAACAACAGGGACCUCAGGCUGGACCACAGCAAGGACAUGGCUAUCCAGGACAGCCCUAUGGGCCACAGACUCCUCAGAGAUAUCCCAUGGGAAUGCAAAGCAGGACGCAAAGUACAAUGGGCAGCAUCUCAUAUGCACAGCAGAUUCCUCCUUAUGGACAGCAGGGCCCCAGUGCAUAUGGGCAGCAAGGCCAGACUCCGUAUUACAACCAGCAAAGCCCUCAUCCCCAGCAGCAGCAGCCUCCAUAUUCUCAACAGCCUCCAUCCCAGACCCCUCACUCUCAGCCUUCUUAUCAGCAGCAGCAACAGCCUCAGUCUCAAGCUCCCCAGCUCCAGCCAUCACAACCAGCCUACUCCCAGCAGCAGUCCCAGCCACCCCAUCAGCAGUCCCCAACUCCCUACCCUCAGCAGCAGUCCUCAGCCCAGCAGCAUCAGCAGAGUCAGCCUCCCUACUCCCAGCAGCAGUCACAGUCACCCUACCAGCAGCAGCAGCAAACCCAGCAGACACCUUCCUCAGCCCUCUCUCAGCAGUCAUCUUCAUACCCCCCGUCGCAGCCGCAGCAGCAGCAGCAAUCAGCCUACUCCCAGCAGCGCUUCCCCCCGCCUCAGGAGUUAUCUCAAGACUCGUUUGGGUCCCAGGCAUCAUCUGCUCCCUCAAUGGCUUCCAGUAAAGGGCAAGAAGACAUGAACUUGAAUCUUCAAUCCAGACCUUCGAGUCUGCCGGACCUGUCUGGUUCCAUAGAUGAUCUGCCCAUGGGUACAGAAGGAGCCCUGAGUCCUGGAGUAAGCACAUCAGGGAUUUCCAGCAGUCAAGGAGAGCAGAGUAACCCAGCUCAGUCUCCUUUCUCUCCACAUACCUCUCCUCACCUGCCAGGCAUCAGAGGACCCUCCCCAUCCCCAGUUGGAUCUCCAGCUAGUGUUGCUCAGUCCCGCUCUGGUCCCCUCUCACCUGCUGCAGUACCAGGCAAUCAGAUGCCACCCCGACCGCCCAGCGGCCAGUCGGACAGUCUCAUGCACCCUUCCAUGAACCAGUCCAGCAUCGCGCAAGACCGAGGUUACAUGCAGAGGAACCCUCAGAUGCCCCAGUACAGCUCACCCCAGCCUGGCUCAGCCUUAUCUCCACGUCAGUCUUCUGGAGGACAGAUGCAUGCAGGAAUGGGGCCCUACCAGCAGAACUCCAUGGGGAGCUACGGACCCCAGGGGGGGCAGUAUGGACCUCAAGGAGGUUAUCCCAGGCAGCCAAACUACAAUGCUAUGUCCAAUGCCAACUACCCUAGUCCAGGAAUGGGAGGAAGCAUGAACCCCAUGGGAGCAGGGAGCCAGAUGCAUGGGCAGACUGGUGUGCCACCAUACAGUGGGCUUCCUCCAGGGAGGAUGAGCCAUGCAACCAUGGGCAACCGACCUUAUGGACCUAACAUGGCAAAUAUGCCACCUCAGGUGGGGACAGGGAUGUGUCCCCCUCCAGCUGGCAUGAACCGCAAAGCACAAGAGGCAGCUGCUGCUGCCAUGCAUGCUGCUGCCAACUCCAUCCAGACCAGGCCUCCUGGUUAUCCCAACAUGAAUCAAGGGGGAAUGAUGGGCACUGGACCUCCUUAUGGACAGGGAAUUAACAGCAUGGCUGGAAUGAUAAACCCCCAGGGCCCUCCCUAUUCUAUGGGGGGGAAUAUGGCUAACAACUCUGCAGGGAUGGCAGCAAGUCCUGAAAUGAUGGGGCUGGGGGAUGUCAAAUUAACACCUGCAAAUAAAAUGAACAACAAGGCAGAUGGGACACCAAAAGCUGAAUCCAAGUCAAAGAAGUCCAGUUCCUCUACUACAACCAAUGAGAAGAUCACCAAACUCUAUGAGCUGGGUGGUGAGCCUGAGAGGAAGAUCUGGGUAGAUCGUUACCUGGCCUUUACUGAAGAGAAGGCCAUGGGCAUGACAAACCUCCCAGCAGUGGGCAGGAAACCCUUGGACCUUUACAGGCUCUACAUCUCAGUGAAGGAGAUUGGAGGAUUGACUCAGGUCAACAAAAACAAGAAGUGGCGCGAGCUAGCCACAAACCUCAAUGUGGGCACCUCCAGCAGUGCAGCCAGCUCUUUGAAGAAGCAGUACAUCCAGUGUCUUUAUGCCUUUGAGUGCAAGAUUGAGCGAGGUGAAGACCCCCCUCCAGAUAUCUUUGCAGCUGCUGAUUCAAAGAAGUCCCAGACUAAGAUCCAGCCUCCAUCUCCAGCGGGUUCAGGCUCAAUGCAGGGUCCUCAGACACCUCAGUCCACCAGCAGCUCCAUGGCAGAAGGAGGAGACCUGAAGCCACCAACUCCAGCAUCAACACCACACAGUCAGAUGCCCCCUUUGCCAGGCAUCAGGAGUAACUCAGUGGGCCUUCAGGAUGCCUUUGCAGAUGGCAGUGAUCCUACGUUCCAGAAGAGGAACUCCAUGACUCCAAAUCCAGGGUACCAGCCCAGCAUGAAUACCUCUGACAUGAUGGGUCGCAUGUCUUACGAGCCAAAUAAAGAUCCUUACAGCAGUAUGAGGAAAGCUCCAGGAAGCGAUCCCUUCAUGUCCUCAGGGCAGGGCCCCAACACUGGGAUGGGUGACCCUUACAAUCGUGCUACAGGUCCAGGGAUGGGUAACAUGGCCAUGGGGCAGCGGCAGCACUACUCCUAUGGAGGUCCUUACGACAGAGUGAGGACGGAGCCUGGCAUGGGACCCGAGGGCAAUUUAGCAACGGGAACUCCCCAGCCAAACAUCAUGCCUUCCACCCCGGAGUCAGGGAUGUACUCGCCCAGCCGCUACCCGCAGCAGCAGCAGCAGCAGCAAAGACAUGAUUCCUAUGGCAAUCAAUUCUCCACUCAAGGCACAUCCUCGGGCAGCCCCUUCCCCAGCCAGCAAACUACCAUGUAUCAACAGCAACAGCAGAACUACAAGCGGCCGAUGGACGGCAGCUACGGGCCGCCCGCCAAGCGGCACGAGGGCGAGAUGUACAACGUGCCCUACAGCACAGGGCAGGGGCAGAGCCAGCAGCAGCUGCCCCCAGCACAGAGCCAGCAGCCCAGCCAGCAGCAAGCUGCACAGCCCUGUCCCCAGCAGGACCUGUACAACCAGUACGGCAGCACGUACCCCGCCGCCGGCCGCACCCCCGCGGGGCCGCAGAACCAGUUCCCCUUCCAAUUCGGCAGAGACAGGGUCUCAGCUCCCCCGGGUUCCAACGCUCAGCAGAACAUGCCUCCUCAGAUGAUGGGUGGACCCAUCCAGUCUGCUCCGGAGGGUCCUCAGCAAGGCUCCAUGUGGCAGGGGCGCAAUGACCUGGGGUACAGUUACCCCAACCGGCCCAGCGCCGGCUCCGCGCCGCAGGGACCGGCCUACCACGGAGUGACGCGAACGGAUGAAAUCCUGCAUUCAGACCAGAGGGUCAACCAUGAGGGACCAUGGCCUUCCCACGGGAACAGGCAGCCUCCUUACGGCCCCUCUGCCCCCGUGCCCCCAAUGACGAGGCCCCCCCAGUCUAAUUACCAGACCCCCCCCAGCAUGCAGAAUCACAUUCCUCAGGUAUCCAGCCCAGCACCUCUGCCCAGACCUCUGGAGAAUCGCACUUCUCCAAGCAAAUCUCCAUUCCUGCACUCGGGGAUGAAAAUGCAGAAGGCAGGACCUCCUGUCCCUGCCUCGCAUAUAACACCAGCAGCUGUCCAGCCUCCCAUGAUCCGACGGGACAUCACCUUCCCCCCGGGAUCAGUAGAAGCCACACAACCUGUGUUGAAGCAGAGGAGGCGGCUGACGGCAAAAGAUAUUGGAACUCCUGAAGCCUGGAGAGUGAUGAUGUCUCUGAAGUCCGGGCUGUUAGCUGAAAGUACGUGGGCCUUAGAUACCAUAAACAUCCUGCUCUAUGAUGACAACAGCAUAAUGACCUUCAACCUCAGCCAGCUGCCAGGCCUGCUGGAGCUCUUGGUGGAGUAUUUCCGGCGCUGCCUGAUCGAGAUCUUUGGAAUCCUGAAGGAAUAUGAGGUGGGAGACCCAGGUCAAAGAACACUAUUAGAUCCUGAAAGGUUCUGCAAGUCUUCAGCUUCCUCUCCUGAAGAAGGGGAGGAGGAUGAUGAACCGCGGAGCCUGAACUGCGAGGAGGAAGAAGAGGAUGAGGAAGAAGAGGAGGCCGCGUUUUCCAGCAAGGAUAAAGCACCUCUAGAGAGCAGCGAGGAAAAACUAACGAGCAAAUUUGACAAGCUGCCAGUCAAGGUGGUGCAGAAAAACGACCCCUUUGUGGUGGAUUAUUCAGACAAGCUGGGGCGAGUGCAGGAGUUCGAGAGCGGGCUGCUGCACUGGCGGAUCGGCGGCGGCGACACCACGGAGCACAUCCAGACCCACUUCGAGAGCAAGACGGAGCUGCCGGCGCCUCAUAAACGAGCCUCCUGCAGCUCUGCCUUGAGGAAACGUUCAGCAGCUGAGAGCAAUCCCAGCACUAGGGAAGGAGAGGCUCCUCCAGCUGACAGCUCCUCGGAGAAGAGGAUAACUGCCACCAUGGAUGACAUGCUGUCGGCGCGUCCCGGCUCCCUGGCGGGGGAGGAGGAAGAGGUUAAACCUUUGGAAACAGCAAAGGAAAGCAGCAAGUUUCCCUUUGGCAUUAGUCCAGCUCAGAGCCACAGGAAUAUCAAAAUUCUGGAGGAUGAACCUCACAGUAAAGAUGAGACACCCCUCUGCACUCUCCUGGACUGGCAGGACUCUCUGGCCAAGCGCUGCAUCUGUGUCUCCAACAUCAUCAGGAGUUUAUCGUUUGUGCCAGGCAAUGACUUUGAGAUGUCCAAACAUCCCGGGCUGCUGCUGAUCCUAGGGAAACUGAUUCUCUUACACCACAAGCAUCCAGAACGCAAACAGGCACCCCUGACCUACGAGAAAGAGGAGGAGCAGGACCAAGGGGUGAGCUGCAACAAGGUGGAAUGGUGGUGGGACUGCUUGGAGAUGCUGCGUGAAAAUACACUGGUCACGUUGGCCAACAUUUCUGGCCAGCUGGACCUCUCCCCUUACCCAGAAAGCAUCUGUUUGCCUAUCCUGGAUGGACUCCUCCACUGGGCAGUGUGUCCAUCUGCAGAGGCCCAGGAUCCCUUCCCAACACUGGGGCCCAGCGCGGUCCUCUCCCCUCAGAGACUGGUUUUGGAAACACUCAGCAAACUCAGCAUCCAGGACAACAACGUGGAUUUGAUCCUUGCAACUCCCCCCUUCAGUCGCUUGGAGAAGCUGUACAGCACCAUGGUGAGGUUCCUCAGUGACAGAAAGAACCCGGUGUGUCGAGAGAUGGCUGUGGUACUACUGGCCAACUUGGCACAGGGGGACAGCCUGGCAGCGAGAGCCAUCGCUGUGCAGAAGGGCAGCAUUGGCAACUUGCUGGGCUUCUUGGAGGACAGCCUGGCAGCCACGCAGUUCCAGCAGAGCCAGGCUGGCUUGAUGCACAUGCAGAACCCACCCUUUGAGUCGACGAGCGUGGACAUGAUGCGGCGAGCUGCUCGGGCCCUGCUGGCCCUGGCCAAGGUGGACGAGAACCACUCGGAGUUCACCUUGUACGAGUCGCGGCUGUUGGACAUCUCGGUGUCGCCUUUGAUGAACUCCUUGGUUUCACAAGUCAUUUGUGACGUACUGUUUUUAAUUGGCCAGUCAUGACAGCUGUGGGAUCCCAGCCCCCGUGUGCGUGUGCGUGAGUGGAGAACUUAGAAAAACUGACUGUUUGCCCUUUAUUUAUGCAAAACCACCUCAGAAUCCACUGUCUGCCCUGCGCUGUCCUGCUUCUCCCUCGGGGAAAGAUGUCCCUGUUCCCUCUCCCUUCCCUCCCCCCUUCCCUUUUCCCCCUUCAAAAUUUGUCCUGAAUCCCUUAUUAAAGGAGACAAAGUUCUGUCUACAUAGAAGAC